CAUCGCUGACCGCUAAACAACCAGAACUGUAUCAGCAUUUGCUAAAAGUAUUGCCAAUUAUUGACUCUCACAAACAAACAUGUACUCUUACACCUUUGCUCUGAUUGCGUGCGGAAUCUUAGCUGCUGCUCUUGCGGCACCCGCACCAGGAUGGGGACACCAUCACCAGCACGUGAAAAUCCAUGUGCCAUACCAUGUGCACACAGUACAUCAUCAUCACGUGAAGAAAAUUCACGUGCCGGUUCAUCAUGUUGAGAAGGUCCAUGUGCCGGUUCCCGUUCAUCACGUCGAAAAAGUCCAUGUCCCGGUGCCCUACCCCGUAAUCGAGAAGGUGCAUGUCCCGGUUCAUCAUGUUGAGAAAAUUCACGUGCCCGUUCCCAUUCAUGAGCCCAUCCACGAGCCCAUCCAUGAGGAGAAGGGAUGGUGGUGAAGAGUCUGACAGAGAGUUUCAGUUCUCUACGCAUGAUGUCAUUUACGUAAACAAACCUAAUCCAUAGGCAAACUAGUUUCGCCAUAAGCAGUAUUCAUCCUUUGGUGUGGUUCCACUUCAAAGACUCUUCGAUGAUAUUUGGCAAAGACUUUCACAAAAUGAGAUUUCUGUGAAGUACGGGAUGAAGAAAAGUUGAGCAUUACUAAAGAAGAUUGAUAUCCGGUAAACAUCGGGUAUAAAUCUACCGAAUGUACAUACAUUAUACCCUUUCGUUACCUGAAUAUUUUUAUUUUUUGUACGAAAACUUUUGUAGAAUAAAAAAAGUAUUAACAUAAA